UUCGAAAACAUCAGCAAUGGAAAAAGAAAAAUAUACUCCAGAAAUACGCGAAUUACUACCUAUUAGAGAGCACAGAUGUGGAAAAUGUCCUAAAUUGGUGUUUGGCAACCUCAGUCACUAUCAGUUGCACCUGCGCCAACGCCACCACGAAGUGCCACCAUCCGCAAAAAGUGCAGCAAACAUUGCCUUUCAUUGUCCCGUGGAAAGGUGCAUCUACCAUGUCGUUACCAAAGGAGCACGCAGCUUCACCAGUCUGCGCUUAUUGCGCCAACACUACCAGAAGAGCCACCUGGACAAGAACUACAAGUGCCAGGAGUGCGGCGAGAAGUUCCUGCUGCAGCACCACCUGGAGAAGCAUCAGUGCUCGGAGCACAAGUGUCCCAUUUGUGAACUCACCUACAGCAGUAAGGCUGGCUUGAGAACGCACAUGCGGCGCAAGAAUCACCUGGUGGAGGAGCAGGAGUCAGACAAGGUGGUCAUACCCUCGCUGGCCAACUGGAGGAAAUUGAAUCCUCCUCCAAAAGAUUCUAAUGUAUGCUCCAAUUUAGAACUAUCGGUUCCAGAGGAGUAUAUAGACCAUAUUCCUUGCAAUCUAGAAGUUCCCACUCAAUCUGCUCCUCUAAAAAGUAAUUUACCUCCUCCAGAAGAGCAUAUCCUAUGUUUUCUGCCCAUUAUGGAUGUGCCCUAUGCACUGGAGCAGCUGCCAUCCGAGAAGCUGGACAUGGAAACCCAAACGGAGGAGGAUGAAGUCUUGAAUGAUAUCAGAAAUAAUGUCCUAGAGCCUCUUCUUCGGGAUAUAGAAACCCAAACACCCGACACCAGAGGCGAUAUAGGAACCAUGACUGAUGAUUUUCCAGAAGAACAGAAGCAUGUUGCAAGCGACCCCACCUAUCCCGAUAUGGAAAAACAAACGACUGAAACCCGAGGAAAUAUAGGAACAAUGACAGUCGCAGGCGACUUCCCUACAUAUCCUGAUAUCGAAAACCAAACCAGAGGAGAUAUGGGAACGAUGACAGAUGGUUUUCCAGAAGAGCAACCUCCAGGAGCUGGCGAUUUCACCACCUAUCCCGAAAAUGAACACAUGUUUGGUCUGCAAACCUCCGCCCACAUGUACACUCAGACCUGUGAUGAACUGUUCGAGGAACUGGGACUGUCCCACAUCCAAACACAAACCCAUUGGCCUGACGGUCUGUACAACACACAGCACACGCAGACAUGCGACGAAAUGCUGGAUGAACUCUUUCUGGACAACUUUCAGUCGACCUGCACCCAAACCAGGUGGCUGGACUGGCAGGACAAUGCAGAAGGUGAAAGCUAAGAAAAUAAGUUUAAGAUCUGUUAUGUUUCCUAAAUAUGAAAUGGCAAAACCCAACAUUUAAGCUCUAAUUUUAUAAUGCAGGAUAUGUACUUAUAAGAAACUGUUUGAAAUUUGUCCGAAAUUGAACAAUUUUAUAACGCUCUGAAAAGAAAUACCUAAAAUUUUGUUUAACAAAAGUUAAAUUCAUGAAUUCUAAUAACAUGUCAGGAUGACCAAGUUCUUAUAUUCUUAUAAACAAAUUCAUCAGAAGUUAUAUGAAAU